ACACUAAAUGAAAUAAAAUAAAAUAAUGCAAGCUGUAACAGCGUGAUAGUUGCGCUUCCAUCAUCAGAAGCAAACUCGAAGUUCUUCACAUCAGAGCCCAAAACGUCGUCGUUCACUGCUCCGUUCCAGUUAACUUGUACACUCUCUCUCUCUCAAAUAGCAACAACACCAAUGAGACAGCACAAGCAAGUACCAUUCGCGAGACCGAAGAUUCUGUAUCUGGUGUGUGGCGCUGCAUUCUUCUCCUUUCUCCUCUUCUCUAUCCAAUCCUCUUUCUUCACCGGCUCCUUCUAUUCAGAUCGCAACUCCGAAUCAAUUCGCGACUUGUUUCAGUUUCAGUCCAAUGUUCAGCAAUGUGUGGCAAAUAGGGGGCUUGGACUCACUGCAGAAAUUGUUGACCAUUGCACAUUGGUUCUUAAGUACCCCGAAGGCACCAACAGCACUUGGUACAAUCAGCAGUUUAAAAAAUUUGAGCCUUUGGAGUACACAUAUGAUGUGUGUGAGGCAAUACUCUUGUGGGAACAGUAUCGAAACAUGACCACAGUGUUGACAAGAGAGUAUCUUGACGUUCGGCCUGGUGGUUGGUUAGAUUAUGCUCCACUAAGGAUAGCACAAUUGGGGGCAAAGAACUGCUAUAAUAAGACUCUUUGUGAAGAACACCUUAAUAUAUUAUUACCUGCAAAACCCCCAUUUCACCCAAGGCAGUUUCGUACGUGUGCUGUUGUUGGGAAUUCUGGGGACCUUCUGAAGACAGAAUUUGGGAAAGAAAUUGAUAGUCAUGAUGCUGUUUUUCGAGACAACGAGGCCCCUGUUAAUGAGAAAUAUGCCAAAUACGUUGGUCUUAAGAGGGAUUUCCGUCUAGUUGUAAGAGGUGCUGCUCGCAACAUGGUUCCUAUUCUAAAUGGGUCUGAUAAUGAGGUACUCAUAAUCAAAAGUCUGACACACAGAGAAAUCAAUGCAGUUAUAAAGACUAUACCAAACCCAGUCUAUCUCUUUCAAGGUAUUGUACUGCGUCGAGGUGCCAAAGGAACUGGAAUGAAGUCUAUUGAAUUAGCACUCUCCAUGUGUGAUAUUGUUGAUAUAUAUGGUUUCACCGUUGAUCCUGGAUACACUGAAUGGACAAGAUACUUCUCUGAUCCUAGGAAGGGACACAAUCCACUUCAAGGCAGAGCAUACUACCAACUUCUAGAAUGUCUUGGGGUAAUCAGAAUUCACUCCCCCAUGAGAUCCAAGAGGAGGCAAGACUGGUCAGAUGUGCCAAGUAGAGAAAUGAUAAGCCAAGCACAUGCAGCAGCUUGGCGCUUGAGAAAGAGUUCAGCUGGUAAGGCUGGGGGUUUAGGACAGUUUGGCAAUUGUAAAGUGUGGGGCAAUGUAGACCCAGACAAAAGUGGACCUAUCUCAGGCUCACCAGACAUGAGUGAUGUCAGGAAGAAUUCAAAUUAUAAAAAAUGGGAAGUCAUGCCUUUGAAAAGUUUGAGGAAAGAAGCACAGGUUCACUAUAGGCAGAUGGAAGGGGUCUCCCAAUAUAAAAUGGAUGGCAAUAAGUUGGAUGAUCUAGUGUGUGUGAGACACUCCUUAAAAUCUGACGUGUAAAUGGUGCAUUUUGGUCUGUUUUUAUUUGCUUAUCACACCCAAGUCCCAAUCGUCUUCUAAAUGAAAUCUGGGAUGAAGUUACCUUCUGAGAGUUGCUGACUUAUAGCUCCUCAACAGUUCAUCUGUUUCAUCACAUACUGCGGCUAACAGAGCAUAGAAAGAAUCAUGGCUCCAUCAAGGAAAAACUUGAGAGUCAAUUGUAUAGCUUUAUUGAUCUGAGUGAUUUAUAUUCAUGCUGAUCCGUGUUAGAGAUCUUAAAAUCCCAAUAUAGGAAUUCGGACUACAGUAGUGUGAUAGAGAUCUAUCUAAUGUAUUGAUUGGCUGAAGACAGUUAUGUGAUGAUCGACAAAGCCUAUAAAAGGAGAAAAGUUAUAGUCAAACAUUUUGUAAACUGAUUUUCACGAGUUUUAAUGUCAUUUUCUAGCAGAGCUAUUUUGCUUUA